ACUGAAGUGUACACGAUAUUUAACAAGGUCGUUGACUAGACAUCGAACAGCCGAAUAUUUCUUUUGACUCGAACUCUCGCAAGCAAACGUCUUUUAGCACCUUUAUUCAAGCCCACAAGUAUUGUGCUAUCCAUUAACUGUAACUUUUUCGUAGAGCUGUUGUUGCUAUUUGUUUGUAUUGAAGUUCACGCAUAUAAUCUCUGUAAAUAUUUUAGAAAAAGCUGCCAAAACAAUCAAUCGGCUUUUAAGACAAAUAAUGUUUGAACAUAUUUGAGUUGGGUUAUGGUUUUUUCAAAAGUGAAUUGUGAUAUUUUUGCAUAUCCAAAUAAUUAUAACCAAUAAAAGCACGUUUCAAGCAAUUACAAUGGCUCUCUGUGUGAUGAAUCCCGUUGAAACCCGCGAUUCGAAUGUCAAUAAAUAUGCUUUGAAACUGCUUGGGAUCAGUAAUAAAGAAUUGACUGAUGAAGAAAUCCUUGAAUGCUUAUCUAUGUACAUAAAACCAUCCUCAAUAGAAGCUCUUUUAUUUGACUCUUUUAAUAAUUUUUAUGUUUUAUUUCUAAAUAAUAUCGAUUCUACUUGUCGUUUAGUAGGAAAAACGUUAGAAUUCCAAUCACAUUGCAUUGACAUUUAUCCACUUCUUGACUGUUUUUUAAUUGAUAAUGUCUAUCCAUGCAUAAAAAAUGAUGAACUCCGUGAUAUUUUUAGAGCUUUUGGUAAUGUUUUUACAGUAUCGAACCACCAUAUUGUCCCCAAUUCAUCGAAGUUCUCACAUGUUUUAAGUGGCAAACGGGAAAUAACUUUUUUAUUGCCAGGAAAAGAAAGUUCAAUAUAUAUCCCAUUAAAUGUUGUUCAUUCUCCAUAUUCGUUUCAUGUAAGAAAAUUUUGUUGUGCUUGCUUAACAGAAGGUCAUUCAGUUUUACAUUGUCCUGAUAUUGAACAUGAUGAAGAUAUGCAAAAAAUAAAGCAUGAUGACAAUGAUAGUGGUGGCGAAUUGGACUUUAUAAUUAAAUCAGAAGAUAUUAAUUUAUUUGAAGAUUAUAAAGUAGAAGAUCCUGUUCCUGAAUCUCAAUUCUGUCAUUAUUCUGUUGGACGUAAAUGGAAAACUGCUGCUGCUGGUACAUCAAAAGAAAGUAAGGAACCACCACAAGAUAUGCCAGAAAAUAAUAUAGUAAACACUAAGAAAGGUAAUGAAACUAAACCAGACGAUGUUGCUAUGACUGCGUCUCAAGAAGUAAACACUAAGAAAAGUAUUGAAACUAAACCAGACGAUGUUCCUAUGAAUAUGUCUCAAGAAGGUAAACAUAAGAAACAGAAGAUCGAUAAUGGCAAUGAUUUAACAAAAGUAGUUUCAUCAUCAUCGGUUUGCAGGUUCUCUUCCAAAUUUGCACAUGUUGUUCAGCACACCGUCAGAAAGUCAAUGACUGUGUUGCCACCGUUAGCAGAGGAACUUAUUAAUGAAGUUUGUGGAACUUGUAUCAUUGAAGCAAAUGUCAUAAAACAAAUGGUUGUAACUGACGGAAGGUGGAAAUCAGAAAUUAUCAAAUUUGCUUUCAAUUACGUAGAAAGUCUGGUCGAUCUACUAAAAUUUUUGAAACAGAUUAUGAAACGGUGUCGUAAGGAUGAAAAAUAUGUAUGCUUACAAGGCCCAUUCACUAACAAAGUGAGAAGGCUUCAAGUUAUUCUAUGUAGGUUUGAUUUGUUAAAAUAGGUGUCUAGUAAUCUUAUUAUGCAAUGGAUGUGGGAAAAUUUUUUCUUAUUAUUUCAUUUAUCAUCAUCCAUUUUUUUAAACGUAUUUUUUAUUUCCAUUUGUUUUAAAAAUGGUUCGAAUGAUAUUUUAUCUAUACAUAUAUAUAAGAGAGUUAGAAGCUUGAUCUUGGUAGUUUUGUAUUACAAUUGAUGCAUCGAAUCAUUUAAUUAUAAUUGACAUUAUCAUUGUGUAUUAGAUAUAGUAAUAAGCUAUAAAAGGAAUCAGGGUUGCCACGCCACCGGGAAAACGCAAGGAAAUUUGGAAAUUUUCAUAAUAAUAAUAAUAAAAAAGGUCGUAAUCACAGCUUCCAAAAACGGAAGAAUACUGUUCGCGAUUGUGUAAUGCGGAAACUCGCCCCUUUUCUACUCUCUCCCUUUUGUUUCUGUAUAUAUCAGUCCGGUUUCGAUUUCAGAAGACAGUUGUUCUUUUUCCAUGAGAUUUCCAAAUUGCAGCUAGCAAGCAUCCCCGAGAGUUUUGUAAGUGCUUGAAAGAAUAGAAUUGGCAGAAAUUUCUUUGGCUGAAACAUUCAAUUUGCUGAAGCAGUGCGGUGGCGUUUAAUCUACCAUACUUGAGUUUACUGAAUGGUUUGUUUAUUAUCUGAGAGACUGUCAGCUUAUUCAAAGUAGAUUGGAGAAUUUUUUUUAUCAAAUGAGCUUUCCGAAAUCCGUAUUUAAUACGAAUUGGACGGAUAAAAUAAAAUCAAUCCUGAUUUUUUAAAAUGUGUUCGAGAAGUUGCACAAAAUCCAUUUGUUGCGUACUGCUCGCUUUGUAAAAAAAAAUAAUAAGCCUAAGUAAUAUGGGGAAACAUCCAUUUACUAAUCAUGCUAAAAUGAGGGGGGGGGACAUACACAAGACUGCCUACCAGGUCAAAAGAAUCAUCAUUGAUGUUGGACUUUGUAUCUAAAAGGAAUACAGGAAAAGAUGACAUGUUAAAUCCGAAAGCGUUAAAUUUAAUGUCCGAAAAUAAACCGAUUUGGAACUUUUUAGUUAAAGAACAAUAUCUUAAAAUUGUAUUUUUAUGGGCAUUAAAAAUUUUGGGUUACAUUCAUGCUUUAAUGCAUUCAGUGAUAUAUUGGAAAUAUUUUCACAUAUGCUCACUGAAAGUGAAAGAGCUAAAAAAAUGUACAUUAGGCAAAAUGUCGUUCCUUAUUCAUUUAGGAAAAGCUCCAUUAGGAUAGCUGAAAAAUCUGCAAAAGUUGCAGAAAUUGAUGUCCAAAUACAUGAUUUGGCAAAAAUGAAUAAACAACAAAAAAAACAAAAAAAAAGUAAUCUUGCUUUGUAAUGAUUUUUAAAAAAAUCAUGAUAAAAAUAUUUCGCGUUUUAUUUCACCCGAGUCCUUAAUUAUAAGUGAUUUAUAAUUAAAAAACAUGACAGGUAAUAUGUCUGUCCUUAAUAUAUAAAUUGAAUCUUCUAAACAAUAAAUAAACAGAACUUUUUUUAUAUGCAUAUAUAAAUCGCCUUCUAAUAUGCUAUUAUUUCGAAUAAAAUAAUAUGGUAUAAUGUUCGAAUAAUGAUGUAAUGAAAUCAUAUUGCAUUGUAACUAGCACAUGAGUGCUAUUCCCUCAAUACCUGAAAUCCUGAAUACACUUACAGGGAAAAAAACAGGGACUUUUUUUUCCAGAUUUCAGUGGCAACCCUGAUAUUGCUUUUUCUGAUUUUUAAUUUCAUUAUUUUAAAUACUUGAAAUGGGUUAUAGCAUUGAUCUAUGAUUUCAAUUAUGAUCUUUUGUCAUAAAUAUUUUGCUAUAUUUUGAUAUGA